AUGGGCACUAUGGUCCAGAUCGGGUACAGCAAGGUCCAAGAUCAGGUUCAGGUCGGGCUUGCCGAGGCACUUGAUACUAUAGAAUAUGAUCCUGUUUUCAAAAAUAAAGAAAAAUUCGAAGAAGCGUUAACGAAAUCAAGAGUUAAUGAAAUAAGAGAAAAUAACUUAUCUAUAAAUUUAAAAUUAACACAACAAUUUGAAAUAAACUUAUUCUAUAAGGAUGCGGGAAUAUGGAUAUGUCCCAUGAUCACCGGAUUUAGAAAAUGGAGAAGAAAACAGUUGUUAGAGCAUAUUGAUUUGGUUAACCAAUCAUCUAAAAGUAAUAAAGAUAAAGUUGCUAUAUGUAGUGUUCAGACCCGGAUUGCUAAUGGGUUAACCGGGUCCAUCUGUUAA